GAAAGCGGCCGCCGGAGGUGUCGCUAGUGUGUUGCGCUACUGGGCCUGAGAGUGGAGAGGGGCCUGCGCCCGGAAAGAUAUCGCUAUGUCGAUCGAAAUCGAGUCUUCGGAUGUGAUCCGCCUCAUCAUGCAGUACCUGAAGGAGAACAGUUUACAUCGGGCAUUAGCCACCUUACAGGAGGAGACUACUGUGUCUCUGAAUACCGUGGACAGCAUUGAGAGUUUUGUGGCUGACAUUAAUAGUGGCCAUUGGGAUACUGUUUUACAGGCUAUACAGUCUCUGAAAUUGCCAGACAAAACCCUCAUUGACCUCUAUGAACAGGUUGUUCUGGAAUUGAUAGAGCUCCGUGAGUUGGGUGCUGCCAGGUCACUUCUGAGACAGACUGACCCCAUGAUCAUGUUAAAACAAACGCAGCCAGAGCGGUAUAUUCAUCUGGAGAACCUCUUGGCCAGGUCUUAUUUUGAUCCUCGUGAGGCAUAUCCAGAUGGAAGUAGCAAAGAGAAGAGAAGAGCAGCAAUUGCCCAGGCCUUAGCUGGGGAAGUCAGUGUGGUGCCUCCAUCUCGUCUCAUGGCAUUGCUGGGACAGGCACUGAAGUGGCAGCAGCACCAAGGGUUGCUUCCUCCUGGUAUGACCAUAGAUUUGUUUCGAGGCAAAGCAGCUGUCAAGGAUGUGGAAGAAGAAAAGUUUCCUACACAGCUGAGCAGGCAUAUUAAGUUUGGUCAGAAAUCACAUGUGGAGUGUGCUCGAUUUUCUCCAGAUGGUCAGUAUCUAGUCACUGGGUCUGUUGAUGGAUUCAUUGAAGUAUGGAACUUUACUACUGGAAAAAUAAGGAAGGAUCUUAAGUACCAGGCCCAGGAUAACUUUAUGAUGAUGGAUGAUGCUGUCCUCUGCAUGUGUUUCAGCAGAGAUACAGAAAUGUUAGCAACUGGGGCUCAAGAUGGGAAAAUCAAGGUAUGGAAGAUUCAGAGUGGACAGUGUUUAAGAAGAUUUGAAAGGGCACACAGUAAAGGUGUCACCUGUCUAAGCUUUUCUAAGGAUAGCAGUCAGAUCCUUAGUGCCUCUUUUGACCAGACAAUUAGAAUUCAUGGUCUAAAAUCUGGGAAAACCCUGAAGGAAUUUCGUGGCCACUCCUCCUUUGUUAACGAAGCAACAUUUACACAAGAUGGACAUUAUAUUAUUAGUGCAUCCUCAGAUGGCACUGUAAAGAUCUGGAAUAUGAAGACCACAGAAUGUUCAAAUACCUUUAAAUCCCUGGGCAGCACUGCGGGGACAGACAUUACUGUUAACAGUGUGAUCCUCCUUCCUAAAAACCCAGAGCACUUUGUGGUGUGCAACAGAUCAAACACAGUGGUCAUCAUGAACAUGCAGGGGCAGAUUGUCAGAAGCUUCAGCUCUGGUAAAAGAGAAGGUGGUGACUUUGUUUGCUGUGCCCUCUCUCCCCGUGGUGAAUGGAUCUACUGUGUGGGAGAGGACUUUGUGCUCUACUGUUUCAGCACAGUCACUGGCAAACUGGAGAGAACUUUGACAGUUCACGAGAAGGAUGUGAUUGGUAUUGCGCAUCACCCUCAUCAGAACCUGAUUGCUACCUACAGUGAAGAUGGACUCCUAAAGCUCUGGAAACCCUAAUGCAACUUUUCUUUUUUGUUUUCUUUUUUGGAGGCUGGCAGGGUAUGGGGAUCUGAACCCUUGACCUUGCUGUUAUCAGCACCACACUCUUCCAAGUGAGCUAACUGGCCAACACCAACUUUUCUUUUUAAAUUAGUUUGAAAGCAUGUACUUAAAUGAAGACAUAUUGAUGUGUUGCUUUUUUUUAGGUCAGCUUUUCUAAGCAAACGGAUUGUCUGAAUUAGCCACAGAAUACUUUUGUGAAAAUUCAUGUUUACAUAGUAGUUACCUUUUUAAGUAUAUUUUAGAGGUAUUAGUUUAUCUGCUUCUAACUAGAGCAGUCACUUAAUGUUUCAUUAAUCUUCUACCUGGAGAGUGAAAUACUGAUAUUUCUAGAAAAAACCUGUACUCCUUUGAUUUGAAAUGCUGAAUAAAAUGUGCCUCCCAUAGUAAAACUUGUAAAUAAGGAAGGAACUGUCCCAUAUUCGGUAGCUGUGUUUCAUUUUUUUUUAAAAGAUGUCAAUAAACUUUACACCUUUCUGGA